UCUCUCCUCCCCCUUCUCCUCUCCGCUCUGCUCCGCUCCAUCUCUCUCAACCUUCUCUCUCCCUCUCUCUUAUAUUGAAAUUGGCCAGGGUAGAACAUGAUCACAGAACACCGCUUCAGUAUUGCUGCACAUUGUCGGACAUUUCGCAAAACCCGAUCACUUGAAACAGAAUAAGCAGACAUAAAGGAAAGGACUUCAGAGUCCCACAUUAUAUUUUUAAAGGUGGACCAACACUUUAAAAAAAGACCGUCCGAUUGCGCGUGUUGAGCGUUGCAAUCUAGCUAGGUGUUUAAUAACUACAACAGUCUAACUACAGUAUCAAGUAGCUAUGCAUAUGCACGUUAUAAUGCGCGCGAGCAUUGGAUUAGUCGGUUUCUGUCUGGUCGCCUUUGUCCAACAGCCAGCUCGCGCUUCAGGAAGCAAAUCCACUCAAGAUGUGGACGAGUGUGCAGAGCAAAUUGACAACUGCAGCAUCGAUGCCAUCUGCCAGAAUACACUCAAGUCAUACAAAUGUAUCUGCAAGUCAGGCUACAAGGGGGAUGGCAAGCAUUGCGAAGAUUUAGACGAGUGUGCGAGUGAGUACAACGGCGGCUGUGUCCAUGACUGCAUCAACAUCCCGGGGAACUACAGGUGCACAUGCUAUGACGGAUUCCGCCUUGCACACGACGGACACAACUGCCUCGAUGUGGAUGAGUGUUCUGAGGGUAAUGGUGGCUGUCAACAGAUCUGUGUCAACAUGAUGGGCAGCUACGAGUGCCGCUGCAGAGAAGGAUUCUUCCUGAGCGACAACCAGCACACCUGCAUCCAAAGGCCCAAAGUGCGAUCAGAGGGCACCAAGGAGGGCCCCACCUGCAUGGAUAAGAACCAUGGCUGUGCUCACAUCUGCCGGGAGACACCAAAGGGAGGCAUCGCCUGCGAGUGCAGGCCUGGCUUCCAGCUCACCAGGAACAUGAGGGACUGCAAGUUGACCUGUAACUACGGCAACGGGGGUUGCCAGCACAUCUGUGAGGAGACGGACCACGGCCCCAGAUGUGCGUGUCACAUGAAGUUUGCCCUCCACACUGAUGGAAAGACAUGUGUAGGGGAGAGGAGUGUCCAGAACCAGGCAGCCCCACAGCUGUUCCCCAAUGAGACGUGUGCAGUGAACAACGGUGGCUGUGACAGCACGUGUCAUGACGCGGUGACCGGAGUCCGCUGCAGCUGUCCUGUUGGCUUCACUCUCCAGCCAGACCGCAAGACCUGCAAAGACAUUGACGAGUGCCGCCUGAACAACGGGGGAUGUGACCACGUGUGUCGGAACACAGUGGGCAGCUUCGAGUGCAGCUGCAAGAAGGGCUACAAGCUGCUGACCAAUGAGAGGACUUGCCAAGACAUUGACGAGUGUUCUUUUGACCGGACGUGUGACCAUUCCUGCGUCAACUCCCCCGGCAGCUUCCAGUGCUUCUGUCAUAAAGGCUAUGUUCUCUACGGUCUGGCACAUUGUGGAGAUAUUGAUGAGUGCAGUAUAAACCGCGGUGGCUGUAAAUAUGGCUGUAUAAACACUCAGGGCAGCUACGAGUGUACCUGUCCACCUGGAUACAAGCUUCACUGGAACAAGAAGGACUGCAUUGAGCUGGUGAAAUGUCUGCCUGGCCUAGCUCCCAAGACCACUCUGACCUGCAGUAAAACGGGCAAGAAAGAGAGCUGCUCCCUCACCUGCGCCUCCAAGGCUCACUAUCUGGCAGAAUCUGACAGCAGCUAUACAAUGAGCUGUGGCAUCCCCAUCCUUCGAGGCAAAACCCCAGCCAGACUGAACACAAGCAGCAGUCAGAGCUGCAUAGAGACAGGCGCACCUCCAGUGAAGCAGACUGCCUCUUUCAAGAUCAAAGAUGCCAAGUGCCACCUGCACCCCAAGCUGACAGGCCGGGCCGAGGACAGGGGCCGAGCGCUGGGGCCAGGUGAGGGGCCACAUCCGGCCUACAUGCCAGACCUUGGAGGUGGACAGCCCUGCAAUAACUGCCUGGUGACGUUUGUCAACCUCAAAUGUGACUCCACCAAGAAGUCCAAAGGGCGCCGUGCCCGCAACCCCACCAAUAAGGAAGUGACACGCAUCACCCUUGAGUUGGAGGCGGAAGUCAAGCCAGGGGACACCACAGGGAGCUGUAACCUGAGUUGCCUGCGCCAGCGCAUGGAGAAGCAGGUGAAGACGUAUAUCAAGGCCCUGAAGAAGUCGAUAAACCAGGACCGUUUCCUGAUCCGCGUGGCUGGGCUGGAGUACGAGGUGGCCCAGAAGCUGCCCCAGGUCGCCACAAGCCAUGAGAACUGUGGGCCAGGCCGUGAGAAGGAUAGCGGACACUGUGUCAGAUGUUUGCCGGGAUCAUACUACCACGGGGAACAGGAGCGCUGCGUCCAGUGCCCACCUGGCACCUUCCAGGAGAGGGAGGGGCAGCUGGCCUGUGACCUGUGCCCUGGAAGUGACGGGCAUGGACCUGCCGGGGCACGCAACAUCUCCUCCUGUGCAGGUCAGUGCCCCACUGGGUACUAUUCCAGUGAUGGGUUUAAGCCAUGCCAGCCAUGCCCGUAUGGCUCCUAUCAGCCAGACCUGGGACGGACCCUGUGCUUCCCCUGCGGAGGAGGGCUGAGCACCAAGCGGGAGGGGGCAAGCUCCUUCCAUGACUGUGAGGUUAAAGUUCAGUGCUCCCCUGGCCACUACUACAACACUACGGUGCACCGCUGUAUUCGCUGCCCACUGGGCAGCUACCAGACAGAGUUCAGACAGAACUACUGCAUUACCUGUCCUGGCAACACCACUACAGACUUUGAUGGGGCCACCAGUGUCUCUCAGUGCAAGAACCGAGAAUGCGGAGGAGAGAUGGGCGAGUUUACAGGUUACAUUGAGUCUCCCAACUACCCCGGGAACUACCCAGCUAAUGUGGAAUGCAUCUGGAACAUCAACCCGCCCAGCAAGCGCAAGAUCCUCAUCGUGGUGCCUGAGAUCUUCCUGCCCUCAGAGGACGAGUGUGGAGACGUACUGGUUAUGAGGAAGAACUGGUCGGCCACGUCCAUCACCACCUAUGAAACAUGUCAGACGUACGAGCGACCCAUCGCCUUCACCGCCCGCUCCCGCAGACUCUGGAUCAACUUCAAGUCCAACGAGGCUAACAGUGCCCGAGGCUUCCAGAUCCCCUAUGUCACCUACGAUGAGGAUUAUGAACAGCUUGUAGAGGACAUUGUCAGGGAUGGAAGACUCUACGCCUCUGAAAACCAUCAAGAAAUCCUAAAGGAUAAAAAGCUGAUUAAAACUCUCUUCGACGUGCUGGCCCACCCAAACAACUACUUCAAGUACACCACUCGGGAGUCCAACGAGAUGCUGCCGCGCUCGUUCAUACGCCUCAUAAGCAGCAAAGUCUCCGGCUUCUUGCGUCCAUAUAAGUAGUUGCCACACCAAGCCCGACCCCUAAAGCACCAGAUCCCGCCCCCUCUUACAGGCCAAACACAGAACUCUCACAGGACUUUAAACAAGUUGACCAAAAUAACUAUUUUUUUCUUCUAUUUUUUCAUACUGUAGAGGCUUUGACGACACACUUCACUAUGCAGUCCCACAUGUUGAUCUUCUUCGUCUGUUUGGUUUUAAGCCAUUUCAUUUCCUCCAAAACCAUGCAGUCCAUGAAGUCAACCAACUUGAGUCAAAGUACAGUACAGGCUGUCUUUCUCAUCUCUUCUUUCUGAAUAUUUAUCACCACUACAAUAUGUUGGUGUCUUAGUUUUUUUGCUGUUUCUAUUAGCAUAUAUGACCUUGUAUGUCAUUUUCACAGCAAUCCCCAAUGCGAAGGAUGUGUGCGUAUUUCAGAUGACGCAUGUUAAGUCUGUGUUGACAAAAUGGACAACGGUAGUGGCAUUUAUGUCAGACAAGAAGAAGGAUGUUACAAGGGUAAUAUGUUUGUCACGUGUGUUUAGAGCUGGAACUGAGUUAUCGUAAAUGUGCUUUAAUAAAUAGUCUUUCACUUGAGUUCCAGCUUCAGCUCAAUCCAUUCCAGGACGAGUCUGUUUCGAUAAAUGUAUAACCUUUUGUAGAUCUAUAUCCUCCGUGAACAAUCCUCGCGGAGAAGGACCUGUCAGUUUCAUGUCAUAGUUACAUUCCACAACAUUCAAAGCCUUACUAUAUCUGAGCUCUUAGAGAAACUUCUUGUUAAGGUAUUACUGUUAAAACAGUUAUUCUAUGUUUUUUUCUUCUGUCCAGAUUGUAUAACUGUCUGUUACCUACGUUCAGACAUUUUCUGUUAUUCUAUAUCCAAGUUAACUUAACAAAGCGUAUACAAUGUAGUUUAUCAUUUUUUCCAGAACAUGAUGGACAUUUUGGAAAAUAAAUAGAAAACUAGAUUUGUGAAAGCCACAGGAGAGAGACAGAGAAAUGUCUCUAUGUCUCUGUGGACCAUGACUGGUGAAGGAGAGACAGGGAGACAUCUUAAUUAAGGGACACGCCUCUGUGAUACAGACAAUGUCUUUGUUGGACACGACUCUGUGAGAGACAGAGAAAUGUCUUUGAGGGACACGACUCUGUGAGAGAGAGACAGAGAAAUGUCUUUGAGGGACACGACUCUGUGAGAGAGAGACAGAGAAGUGUCUUUGAGGGACACGACUCUGUGAGAGAGACACAGAGAAAUGUCUUUGAGGGACAUACAUUUGCUGCUUCUUUUAAAAAGGUCACUUUAAUUCUUCAAUCUCAAGUCCUUUUUCUGGUGUUUUCUGACCUCGCAUCACACUAAUAGUCCAUUGAUUUAAUACAGGGGUGUCAAACUCAUUUUGCUCCGGGGGCCGCAUUCAGUCUUCAACAAGGUCCGGAGGGCCGCAUUGAAUUUAAAACAAUAUUUCCUUGCUGUCAAUCGGUUUAGGAAUUUUGAAAUUGUUUGAACUUUUAAGUUUUUAUUGUUUUACUCAAACCACCUGCGGGCCUUAUUGGACCUCCUCACGGGCCGUAUGUUUGACACCCCUGCUUUAAUAUAAAAUAAAAUUGAGAGAGAUGCAUCAUAAGUAUAAAUAUAAUUUGACCACCUGUCCUCAUGUAAAUGAUAGUCACAUCACAUUUGUCUCUUCAUCCAUGGCCUACCAACCCAUUUUAUUGAAUAUUUCUUUCAAUCUUGUAAAUAAUUAAAAUAAAUUAGACGGGGAUUGAAUCCUUUUAAUCCUAAUUAUCUUGAGCAGGACCCCAAACUAUUUUCCACCCAUGUCCUCUUCACCCUCUCCCUAAUCCAAGUAACCCACCCCAGUCCCCUUCCCAAACGCCCAUGUCAGAUUCUGUCCCAAUAAGACCAGCUCUUCCAAAGACUGUCCGCACGGCAGGCCAAGUUAUUAUCUUGUGCACUAGAUCUAGAGCCUGUCAUCCUACCUUUGUUGUAUAAGUGCAAUGAAUUAAGUCUCCAUUGUGUUACUCCUCUCUCUGUGUCCAGAGAAAUACAAAAAACAAUGUUUUAAUCUGCCAACACAUAUUGAGAACAUAUUCUUGGAUUUCUUAAAACAAAAUUGUGACUGACAUUAGGGUUGUGAAUAAAGUUCAGCAUCCCACUACAAUAAUGUUGAAAUGCCAAUAUAGUUGAUCAAUACAACAAUAUUGCAAUUGAAUUAUUGCUAACAAUUGCAUUGUCAAUGUAAAAGCUAAUGACAAUGAUUACAAGUAUUCCCCUCAACACUCUCAAACCCUCAUUGAAGACAAAUAAAUAUAUUACCGCUCAUAAAGAUCAUAUGGAUUUCCCUUGCAAACUCUGAUGGUUUGUUGUUUUUCAGUUUUUGUUGUAUAUAAAAGAGAAAACAAACAGUGGAAACAGUACAAGCUACUGUACACAACCUUUAGAUAGUAUAGUGUACAUGUGCUUCUGGAUAAGGGAAAGGGAUUUUGACCACAUUGCUAAAUUGUAAGACAAGAGUGGUCUAGCCUUGCAGACCAGAGGUACUGUUUAAUACAAGUCACACAUAAUGCCAUAUCUGUAUCCCGUUGAAUGUUUCCAAAAAAAAGCCUAGCUACAUUUAUGGUUGUCUUAAGUUGCCAUUCCUAUUUAUAUCAUCCAGUUUUUUUUCUCUAAAGCAUUUCGAUGUCAAUAGCGCUCACUGCUCCCACCUACCCCAACUCACAAUUCCCUCUCCCUCUUUCAUCUUCCUCCCUGUCCCUGCAACCUGAACACGUCAGAUGUUUCUGUUUUGUAGCAUUUUUUUUUAAACAUGCGUUUGCUAUGAUGUAUCAUAGAGUUGAUAAUGGUAUUUGCACUUGAAAAUUGUUAUUUCUCAUGUAAAAAUGUCUGGAUUUUGUAUUGUCUUUUUAAAUGAAUGGAAUUGGUGUUCUUACA